UUAGAGAAUGCGGAUUGGAAACAAACAUGGCGGCUCGCGGAGGCGGCACACUGCUGAAAGGUUGUUUUUAAGCUGACAGGCCCUCAGAGAGCAGCCGGCAUGUUGAGCCUUACGAUAAAGGAGGUGUCUUUAGCUUUCCGGGAGGGACAAAUCUCCCCGACAGAGCUCUGCAGGAAAUGUCUGAAUCGUAUCAAGAAAACGCAGCACCUGAAUGCUUACAUCACGGUGACAGAGGAGCGCGCUCUGGAGCAGGCUCAGCAGUCCGAAAGCAGACUGCUGCAAGGUGUCCCCAAAGGUCCUCUGGAUGGAAUCCCGUUUGCCAUCAAGGACAAUUUCUGCACUGAGAAUAUCAGGACCACAUGUGCCUCCAGGAUGCUUAAAGACUACACUCCUCCAUACAAUGCCACAGUGGUCCAGAAACUCCUCGAACAAGGAGCAGUUUUAGUGGGGAAGACCAACAUGGAUGAGUUUGCAAUGGGUGCGGGCAGUACUGAUGGUGCUUUCGGUCCAGUAAAAAACCCCUGGAGCUAUGCCGCCCCAUACAGAGAGCAGACCGGGGAAGACCCAGACUCGGACUGGGUCAUUGCCGGAGGGAGUUCAGGUGGAAGCGCUGCAGCUGUGGCCUCACUCACCAGCUACCUGGCUUUGGGUUCAGACACAGGUGGAUCCACACGAAACCCCGGAGCGUUGUGUGGUGUUGUGGCCCUUAAGCCCACUUACGGUCUGCUCUCUAGACACGGCCUCAUCCCCCUGGUUAACUCCAUGGAUGUCCCGGGUAUAAUGACACGCAGCGUGAAUGAUGCAGCUGUCAUCUUAGGUGUCCUUCAAGGCCUUGAUGUUAGAGAUUCAACAACGGUUCCUGCCCCGUCAUCACUAACAGAGUUUCCUGAAGACUUUGAUGUCAGGAACAUCUGUGUGGGCAUCCCUAAGGAAUAUCAUGCCCCGGGACUCUCGGACGAGACUCUGGCCCAGUGGAGUCAUGUGGCUGACUUGUUUGAGAAGGCUGGAGCACGGGUGGAGCAGGUGUCCCUCCCCCAUACGCAGUACUCCAUUGUGUGCUACCACGUCCUGUGCCACGCUGAGGUGGCGUCUAACAUGGCCCGAUUUGACGGCCUGGAAUAUGGCCACCGCAGCAAGAUGGACAGCUCAACAGAGGUCAUGUAUGCUUCUACCCGACACGAGGGCUUCAAUGAUGUCGUCAGAGGGAGGAUUCUUUCCGGGAACUACUUCCUGCUAAAACAGAACUACCAGCACUACUUUGUGAAGGCCCAGAAAGUUCGCCGGCUGAUCGCCAACGAUUUCCACCAUGUGUUCAACUCUGGUGUCGAUGUACUGCUGACACCCACCACGCUGACAGAUGCUGCCCGUUACCGCGACUUUACUCAGGAAGACAACCGAACACGCAGCGCACAGGAAGAUGUCUUUACACAGCCCGCCAACAUGGCAGGUCUCCCUGCUGUCUCUGUGCCAACGGCUUUGUCAAGACGGGGCCUUCCCAUUGGCUUACAACUUUUAGCCCCCGCCCUCCAAGACAAGAAACUGCUCUGUGUGGCCCAGUGGAUUGAGCAGAGGGUUGGGUUUCCCUCAGUCAGUGACUGUGAGGACUUGGGAAUGACUAAACAGGAGCAGACGGGAGCUGCAUGAGGAGAACACUGAGUGUUCCACAUAAUAACAUGCUAUCACAUCUUGAUUUGUUGGCCUAAAGUUGUGCGAAUAAAUACAUGGAUUUAUUUUCAAA